AUGAAAGCAAUAGUCAUGAUGUCAGCUUUGAAUAAAUUCCAGUGGUUCUGCCAUGAUCUUGAAAAACUUCUUGAGAAAAAUGAUCCUGUGCUAGAUAAAAGCGUUGAGUUAAUAGUAAUAAACAUCAACGUGAAGGUAAAAGAAUUAGAGUACAAGUCGCAGCAACUGCUAGACAUAGACAAGGAUCAAGCUGCGAGCUUAGAAAAGCAUGACAAGGAAGACCAAGGAACUACACACAUAAUAAUAUAG